AUGUCGAGAUACCUUCGGCGGAUACUGAAGAACGAUGAGCAUACGCGUUCGCCGGGCAUUACUGAGACUGGUUUAUGUGGGUUGUUUAAUUUGGGUAACUCGUGUUAUGUUAAUAGUGUUGUACAAUGUCUCGCGCACUGUGAUAUCAUCCAAAGCACGUCUUUUCAAGUUCCAACGCCAUUUACCAAAUCGCAAAAACCUGGGGAUUCUUCCUUGUACGACAACAACAUUUCCCUUGCGUUCUUUUCAACCGUGAAAUCGAUGUGUUCGACCGAUUUUUCCAUAGUCACUCCAAAAGCAAUCAAAGAUCUCUUGGGAAUGAAAUACGAUCAAUUUAAAGGCCACAAACAACAAGACGCCCAGGAACUGUUAAUCAUUUUGCUUGAUGAGCUGAACUUGGGGAUGUUUGUCUUCUUACCAUUUUGUGAAAUCACAGAAGGACUGAAUUCUAGUUUGUCACCACCACUCACCGAAAUGAUCAGUCACCACCCGUACAAAUUCCUCCCCUCAAGUCAACCAGCUGCAGACGAGAUUUGGAAUCGGUGGCAGAACGAAAACAACUCGAUCAUCACACAUUCUUUUUGUGGACAACAACUUCAAAGGGUCACGUGUACUGUUUGUGGCUAUCACAGUGACUCGUUCGACCCCUUUAAUUGCCUGUCGAUGACAAUUCCGUCGAUCUCAAGACAGCGCGGGUUUGUGACCGUUUGUGUCAUUGGGAGUAUGGGCCCACCAAUCUACUUAAAGAUUCUUCUCAACGCGUCGCCCGACGUUCUUGAGAUCCAACAACGCAUUGAGAAGGAGCUUAAAAAGGAGAAAGACGAGAGCAUCAGAAGUAUUGAUGCGAAGCAUCUCAUUUGUAGUGUUGUGCAGAAGGGAAAGCCGUGGAAGUUUAGACCGACGUCUCAUGGGAUUCUUUCACUUGUGAACUACGAGAAGAUCUUUGCCUUUGUCGACCCGUUUUUAUGCUAUGACAUUAAAGAAGGUGAAGAGAAGAAAGACACAAUUGCAGUCAUCAUCCAAAUUCGUGUGGUGAAAGGGCCACACGUCUGUGUCCUUCACAACGACCCGAUUGUGAUUAGUGUUCCUUCAACGUGUACAGGCGAGGAGUUGAUUAACAUGGUACACGCGCGGAUGUCGUGGUGUGGGCAGCGUGGUGUUGUGAAGAUAGUCAAUGACGAGUUCAAGGCGUGUGGGUUGUGUGGCGAGAAGAUCGAGUGCGAUGGGUGUAUGGCCCGGGACGUGAUGUAUGCGACCGACCUCCUCUAUGAGCCCAAGAAAAGUAAAUUUUUUUCCAUCUAUUUAAGCUAUGACGUUCCGGACAAUUCAGAAAAUGACAAGAUGAGAUGUUGUGAUUCGUUCGAGAUUGGAAUGACGCAACGUUUAAAGACGACGGCCGUCAGUCUAUUCGCCUGUUUGACAUUGUUCACACAUGGGGAUUCGUUCGAAAUGAUCGAGUGGAAGUGUGAGAAGUGUGGGAAGAAUGUCGCAGGGGAGGUUGACGUCACCAUAUGGCGACCACCAAAGGUCCUUAUCUUCCAUUUGAAGCGGUUUGAGUUCACGGAGAAGUUCGAGAGAAUCAAGACCUUUGAAAGGGUGGUGUUUCCCAACACCAACUUUGACUUGAGGGAGUAUGUGUCAAACCCCGACUGGAAGGAUCCCGUCUUGUACAAUCUUUUUGCUGUGGUGAACCACGACGGAGAGAUCGACAAAGGCCAUUAUAGCGCAGACUGUAAAGUGGGAGAAGAGUGGUACACGUUCAGUGACGAGAAGGUGACUCCCCUUCCUGCAGCGCCUUCUGGUUCCGACAACGCAUAUAUUUUGUUUUACCGACUCGUUGAAUAA